GUAGGUUCAGGUACGAGUACUUAGAUGAGUAGAUAUCAUGUUCUUAUCAUUGUAAUAGUUAUAGCCCGUACUCCCAUGCAAAAUGUUGUUUAGAAUAUUCAAAGAGUGAUUGUGUAUUGCGGUUGCGUAGGCGAUACAGAGAACUUUCUUUUUUUUUGUAAACGUAUCAAUGCGUAUUUAAUUUCUUGAACGAGAAGUUGAGUGAAAAACUAUGUGCAUUCGCGGCAAUUCAUUCAGUAUAGUGAAAUAUGAUUGUUCGGAUGACGUUAAUUUGAAACAAAGUAGAAUCGUUGUGUAAUUUCAUCGAAGUUUUCAUGUUUCAUCAAUAUGAAUUUAUUGAAUAGUUUUUCGAAAGAAGAAUCCGCGAGACGAGGGCAAGACAUCAUUGGAUUUUCUCCCUCUCAUCAGUUUUCAAACAAUUUCUUGAAGAAGUUCAGAGAAGAUGAUGCUAAAAGACACUGUGAACCUGAAUCAUUGACACAUACAAGUGUUCCAACAUUGCAACCAAAACUGAAACAUGGCUCCACACCUUCGAUUAACAAUAGUUUACAAUCUAGUAAUACUAUCACCGAUGUUUCAAAUAAGCAAUUCCGUAGGAAGUUUGGAGAUAUCACAAAUAAUUAUGACGAUGACGUUCCUACCAAGGGAAAAAAAUUGGCUUUGAAGAGAAAACUGAAAGUUAAACAGAGUCGACAGCGAACAACAAAAUGUUUUCGAUCUGAAAUUUUCAAAUUGAGAACACGAUGUUCGCGUCUUGAAGACACGGUGGCCGACUUGAAAAAAAAAUUCGAGCGACAGGACGAGAACGUUGUACCAGCUAAAAUUAUUGACAGAAACGUAGCAGAAGAUACUUGCGACCGAGGACUUACCAUUUAUUCUUCAGAAAAGUCGAAGGACAGCUCUUGUAAUACGGAGGCAUUACCUGAAAAACAUUACGAAAAAGUUGCGUUCGUAAAACCUGUCGAAAAAGUUGCCAAAGAUGAAGAUGGUUACUCUACAGAUUCGAGUAUGCCUCCCUUAGAAGUAUCGAACGAUGACCUUCGUAGUUUGGAGGAACCACUUGAACAAUUUUCUGAAGAAGGUUGUAGUCAAUACUUAGCUCAAGUUGCGCACUCAGAAACUUCCAGAAAUAUUACUGAAGAUAAUCGUGGCAGUUCGACUGCCUCUUCCGCAGAAAAUUCGGGGAGCAGUCCAUGUAGUACGGAGACACCUACCAGGAUAGACCAACUGUUAUCGAAAAAAUUUAUGGAAGAGCACAUUGUAAAAAUCGGAAAGUCCAAGCUGACAUUACAAGAACUACAUGACGAAUGCGCCAAAAUAAACCUUAAGUUGGUGUUGAAAGCGGGAAAAGGAAACGAAGCAGUGUUCAAAUCGUUGAAGAAAGUGCCGAAACCUAAAAACUUCGUAUGCGACUAUUGCGAGGAGGCAAACUUUAAAGAGGGGAAUGCCCUAUCGUGUCAUUACCAGACUCACAAAACCGAUGGUUUUGCCAAGUACGUGGUCCAGUGCUCAUUUUGUGUAGCGAAGCCCAUCAUUGGACUGACAAAUGAACACGUUGAAUCGCAUAUAAAGAACCAGCAUCGUCAAAUGAGUGCCACCGCUAGAGCUCGAGUACGCGAUCGACUUCACAAGCUGGCGCUGUCAAAACAAAAGCUGAAAAGGCCCGAUUAGCAAAAGAAACGAUGAAAGGAGAAAAAGAGUGGAAGUUAGUCGUGUUAUGUUUGUUUAUAUUUUAUCCGUCAAAUUAUUUAUUUGAUUUCGAUUUUUGAUUGUGUUCAUUUAUUCGUCUACCUAUUGGUAUUUAUUUGUGCUUUAUACACCAAAUUAUUUCUUUAUUAUAAUGAAUAAAUUCUUGUUUUUUCUCCAA